UUAACUCGACUCGACGAAAUGACGGGUUAUACGAUUAUAGUUUUUAAGUGGUUUUGAGCGCUUCGUGGCAAAUAAAAGUAUUUAGAACCUAUUUGUUUUGGUCUCUGCCACGCAAAUUUAUUUUGAAGUAAUAAAUCUGCGCAAAAGUACAUGAAUAUAAUAACGGUUUCCACGAAUCUCUGACACGUAUUCUGAAAAUAAAACUCAUCAUAAAAGAACCGUAAUACUCGUAUAAUAAGCAAGUUUGCACUUUAUGAUGAAGAGGAAGAUGGAGAAUUGUUGAAAUUUAUAUUUAUCAACAAAUGUGUUGGCACAAAAGCAAAUCGCGUGCAAAUUGUGAAACUGUUCGUGGCAAGAGGUUAUGUUCGAAUUUUGGAGAAGAACGUAUUUCUUCUUUCACAAAAAGGACAAAAAAGAUGGCUAAAUCAACCAAUCUUGCGGAACAAUGAAAAAGGAAAAAAGCACCUCCACCACAAUGGAGAGCAGCAAGAACACAAUUUGUUAUGUGGCAGCAACUGUCGCAACUCUAGCAAUAGUAGGCGCAAUAAUUUUUGUCUGUCGCGACUACAUAAAAGUUCUCCUUUAUUGGAUCGAGCAUCAGAACGGCUGGAUAAUAACAGUAAUUUUCGUCGCGCUAUUUACCGUCGUCUCGUUCCCGAUCGUGAUUGGCUACCUCUUCCUCAUCAUCGCCAGCGGCUACCUCUUCGGACUCCUCCGAGGAAUUAUGAUGGUCGUCCUCUCGGCCAAUCUGGGAAUCGCGAUUGCCCACUUGACGCUCAGCGCCCUCUCCUCAAAAUUGCCCAUCGGCGCACUCCUACAAAGUGAGACUGCUCGAGCCAUUCUGAGGGUCAUUUCCGGACCUCUCGCAUUCAAGGUUGUCCUCUUCACCAGGCUCACGCCCAUUCCUUUUGGUUUGCAAAACACCAUUUUUGCGGUAAGCAAAAUCAGUGGAAUUCGGUAUCACGUAGCCAGUGCUCUGGGUCUGCUUCCGGCUCAGUUAAUCAAUGUUUACUUGGGAAAUGGUUUGCGAUCGAUGCAGGAUGUCCUCGAAGAUAAAUCGACAGCUGCAACUGGCUACAUCGUUUUUAUCUGUCAGAUUGUGAUAGGAGUCUCCCUAAUGGUCUAUGUAGUGCAGAAAGCACGCAGGGAACUUCAAUUGGCUCUAAUGGAGGCCGAUAUCGAAGCCAUGAGUGAGUCUCGCUACCACGACUCGCUAACGGAUACAAAAAUUGAUUUUUCGAAUCUCUGAUCGACUGAGCAAAGGUUCUGAAUUCCACAACUCUUUAUCUAGAAAGAGUAAUUAAUUCGACUGGCCGAUUCGACUCAAGCUUUAGUAGAUCAGAUAGUGGAUCAAAAUUCAUUAGAUACCUAUUUUUUCUUUUUAUCCUGCGGGCCUUAGUUUCCGAGAUAUCAAGAUUUUAGUAUUUACGCUUGAGCAUUUACGCUCAAGGGUAUUUCUCCAUUUUUUUCCAUCUCAAGCGUAUCACUUUAAUGUUACGCUCAAGCGUAUUCCUCCAUUUGUUCGCCCAAGCGUAUACUUUCUACUUUGCUUCCCAGCGUAUUGCUCCAUUUUUUCAUCUAAGCGUAUCACUUAAUGUUGCGCUCAAGCGUAUUUCUCUAUAUGUUUCU